CAGAGGAAGCAUCUGCCUUUGCGCUGAAGACAACACCUUGAGCGUUCCCUAAACAGUGUUCUCCGGUGCUGGGGCCUAGAACCGAUGGCCGACAAUGUCAACCACUAACAACAUAGCCCAGGCCCGCAAGCUGGUGGAGCAGCUCCGCAUCGAAGCCGGCAUCGAGCGGAUCAAGGUCUCCAAAGCGUCUUCGGAGCUAAUGAAUUACUGUGAGCAACAUGCCAGGAACGACCCGCUGCUGGUUGGAGUGCCUGCCUCGGAGAACCCCUUCAAGGACAAAAAGCCGUGUACCAUCCUAUAGCCGCCCCAUAGCAGGGCCCCGCGCGGCGCCUCCCGCCACCUAAACUGCGCCCAGGGCUUAACACUAAACGCUGCAUUCGACUAGACCUUAAAAUCUCCAAAAUUGCAGGCGGGUUAGCAGAGCGGGGCUGCUCCUGAGCAGGGGCCGUUUGAGAGGGGGUAAAAUUGAAAAACAAACAAAAAUUCUGGGUUGGGGGGUGCGUUUUUAACGGUGACAUUCUCGGUUGGGGUCGGGGGGCUGGAGGAAGGGGAGUUUUGAACCGCUUUGGUCAGCACCGGACCUGGGCCCCGGGGCUCGGAGCUCGGGAGCAGAGCGCCAGGCGGGUCCCACCGGCUCCCGGUCCGGAUACGGUCCCGAUCAACUCCCGAAUUGGGGCCGAUUGCUCUUCCCCGCGGCGGGCAACGAGGGAGAAGGUUCCAGCUGGGUGGCGGUUUUGUAGUAAAAUAGUGACCAGAACCAACCCGCGGGUUCCAAAAAGAAAAAAAAAUUAUGGUUGGCAAUGGCUAAGGUGGGAGUUGGAGGAGCGAGGCGGCGGCACCGCGGCGCUCGCGGCCGCGCGGCACGAGCGAAGCGCGGCAGCCGCGAGAGCCCCUGCGGGUGCCGGCAGCCAAAGCUUGGCUCGAGGCCUGGGAAACGUCGCCCGGGCCUAACUCCUCGGCGGGGCUGAGCUCUGCGCCUCGUCCCGCUGUCCUUCCCGGGCGGAGCGGCUCCGGGGUGGGAUGGGCGCAGGGUUCCGUAGUGCAGGAUCCAGCCGGGAAUUGUUUGCUGCGGCCCGGGGGGUCUCCCAGCGUGAACACUAACCCUGGCUGUGGAGCAAGGCUCGGCCUGGCGUUCCCACCCUCCCGGCUGCGGGAAGGGCUCCGCGGGAAGGGCCGCAGGGAAUCCCGGCAGCCCUGGGGCUGUAGGGAAUCGCAUCCGCCCCGGGGCCGUCCC